AUCGAACCCAAGGGGUUUUGCCCAUACCAGGCAACUACCUUGCCAUUGAGCUUCAAGUCCAGUUCCUCUGUAUUGUUUUGGAUGGAGGUAAUAAGGCAAGAAAUAAAGUAUGCCACUUUUAAAACCUUUUACAUAAGCUUUCAUCAGAUCAACACAGAAUUGGGGAUAAUAUGUGGAGUUUAAAUGCUCAGUCUACUUUGAGCCUUUCACUUCCUCUUUGAUGCUUAUCACUUGAAGCUAAAGCUGUAUUCAUUUUUCACAGUGCCAUGUUUCAGCCAAGCAUUCAUGAAAAAAGAAACCAUCCCUCUUUCCUCCAAAAUUUCUAAGCUUUUAGCAGCUGAAUAACAGGUUUCCCCAGCAACUGAAACCAGACAAGGCUUUAGGACAAAUAACAUGAUAAGACUUUCCCAUGCAUCCAGACAGAGAGGCAAAUGCUAAAACCAUUACUAGCACUGUAAGCUCCAUCCAAAGCAGAGAACUACACCUAUUGCUUCUGAGGUUGUUUGUGUCCUUUUUAUGUAAAAAAGAGCAGAAUUCAUACGUGUGGUCAUCACUGCUACAAUAAAUGACUAUCGAGGAGCUUUGAUAAGGAAAAGGCUGAGACAUGGAGAGAUGGCUCAGUGGUUAAAAGCACUGCCUGUUCUUCCAGAGGUCCUGAGUUCAAAUCCCAGCAACCACAUGGUGGCUCACAACCAUCCAUAAUGAGAUCUCAUGCCCUCUUCUGGUGUGUUUGAAGACAGCUACAGUGUACUUAUAUAAAUAAAAAUAAAUUUUAAAAAAGAAAAAAACUGAUAGGCUUCACCGUUACUUUUUUUUUUUUUUUUUUUUUUUGUAAAUGUGCUGCCUGGAAAAAAAAAAACCCAUAAGCAACGUUUAGGACUAAACAAAAUAUGAGGGAAAGUUCAAAUAUUAGAUGAAAGACACGGUGCUACAUAAAGAAAAUUGGGGCCAAGGAAAAGGCCUAGUGGGUAAAGAUGCUUGCUGCCAAUCUUAAUGACCACCCUUGGAAUUCACACGGUGAAAGGAAAGAUAGAAUUCCUGACAUACCUCUAUGUGGGGUGAUAGACCGUGAGAGAAAGCUUGAUAAGGUCGAGCUAGGGCUUGAAGCCCUGGAGACCCAGAAGGGACAGAAGAGUUUUUCCUGCUCCAUGCCUCUGUCACAAAGCCACAGCCCUCCACAGAGAGAAUCAUGGCCUCAGUCAUGGAGGGGCAGCGCCCACAAGUCCCUCCGCAUGUAGAUGAGGCAUCUCAGGCCAAGCCAAUAGGAAGUACCUGCUGUCAGGCCCAACCCACCCCCAAACCGUAUAUAAGAUCCUAUCCAGGCCACCUCGGAGCCUGUGGAGGCCUGCUGGGAACAGGACUUCUAAAAGCAAGUCUGUCUGGAAGGCUGUGGGGCAAGGCCAUUUUUGCUGGCUACAAGCGAGGUCUCCGGAACCAAAGAGAGCACACGGCUCUUCUUAAAAUUGAAGGCGUUUAUGCUCGAGAUGAAACUGAGUUCUACUUAAGCAAGAGAUGUGCUUAUGUGUACAAAGCAAAAUACAAUACAGUGAUUCCUGGAAGCAAACCGAACAAAACCAGAGCGAUCUUGGAAAAAGUAACUCGGGCCCACGGAAACAGUGAUAUGGUUCGCGCCAAAUUCCGAAGCUACCUUCCUGCAAAGGCCAGUGGACACAGAAUCCAUGUGAUGCUGUACCCAUCCUGGAUUUAA